AUGAGAAAUGUUCCGGGUUUCCUGACGGGUUGCAGCUGUGGUCCGGGCUCGGGUUGCGGAGCGCUGGCCUCUGAGGCCAUGGUUCGAAGAAGUGACAACAUGGUCGAUGUUGAGACUAUCCAGCAGUACCUGGUGGCUGAGGAACCGGGACCUGGUGGUGUUAAGAAAGUUUUCAAUUUUCCCCUGGGUUCCGAGCCCGGAGACCUGACCCUGCUUCGAGCAGCUGUCAGCGCAAACAGACCGAAGGAUGCCUUCAUACCGGAGGAGAACGAUGACAUUGAGACCCAGUUGGAUCACCAGUUUCAGGCUACUCGUCCGGAGAUGCCAGCACCCAGACCGUCAGCCAGUGCCAGCUGGGUUCCCUUGUCGAACUUCGCAACCGGACAGACUGCUAUACCUGUUCAAGCUCAAACCGCCUUCAAUCCUUUUACCCCAGCCUACCCGGUCCGCAACAGGGAGAGGUCCAGAGAGCCGGACGGCCAAAUGACGGGCUUUCCGUCCGCCUUGACCGCUUUAAUGUAUAAUGGGGUUGAACGACCCGCAGAGGGUUUCGGCUCCUCGAAUCAGCGUCCCCAAGCCUACAACGCGCAACAGAUUGCUUAUCCCCAGUCGGGUUGGAACGCCGCUGCCGGGGCUGGUUUCCAACAGCAACCAACAGGUGGCUGGACACAGAACUUCGAUCCCAGAACCUUCACUCACACGACCUACAGCACAUCGCAGUUCAAUCCGCUGAAUGGGACUGAUCCUAUGGGUACCCCUUCAGGCAGACGGUAUCAACAGUAA